CGCCAUCUUGGUUGUAAUGUUGGAAAUUUUCUCGCAUUUUUAAAAACUUUUUGUUUAUUUGAUAUAGAAAAUUUGCCGUAUUUACGGCGACUACAUGGUGAGACAAAAGAUGUAGUGAUGCAAAUAUCAGGCUUGUUUUUUGGCUGUCAGGUAAUCAAAUAAUUCACCAUGUCGAGAGCAGCAGUAAGCAAAUCUCGAGCAGAGAAAGGAGGAAAAACGCAGGGGUCGGCUCCCACACCUGCUAUUUCUCAUGAAAUAGUGCCAGGGAAAUUUAACGAUACUGAUUGGAAUUUUAUGCUUGAAAGAGAUGAUGGAGAUGAUUUCUUGGAUGACAUUGUUGAGGAGCUGUGCUCUAAAACAAUGCAAAUCAUUCAUGAUAAGUACAUUCAGCGACAACUACUUCCAUACACAAUUAGCCAGGCCAAGGAGGCAAUUCUUCAAAUAAUUGAGUGGCAGUUCUUGUCUCGUGAUGAGGGAGAACCUGAAGCAGAGUCUGAUCCAAGUUGGCUUGAAGAUGAAGAGCCCCAACCAGCAGUGUCAGACUGCUGGGCCCAGGGUUCAGUGCCCAAGCACAAGGUUGAAGUCAGCAGGGAGCCAACACCAGUAGAAGUAGAAGAGCCUGAGGAGGCAGAAGUAUCCACAGAAGAGCCAGCAGAGACAGCACCUAUAGAGGAACCAGUAGACAAAAUAGAAGAGAAUAACAACUUUAUACCACACCCUCCCUUAGAAGAUACAGCAGAUAAAGCAAUUGAUGAUAAGAAGCCUGAGAGCAAAGAAUCUACAAAAUCAAAGAGAAAGAUAAAGUUCAAACCAUACACUGGCCGCUUGAAAUCUGCGGGUGUGAGCAAGAUGACAGAGAGUUUGGAAGAUACAGAGAUGAAAAUGUUGGAAGAGGAAUGGCGCAAACAAUCACAGUCCAUUAUUGAUGAACAAAAAGAGAAAUAUGACAAGUUGCUACAGAUGCCUCUGUCUUGUCAUUCUAUAUUAAAGAUGCAGUCUGGUCGUCCUCCAGGUCACAAAGAUGUCACUUAUGAUGAGAUGGGGAAUGUAGUGGCUGUUAUGAAGAUCAACCCUGACAAGUUGCCAACUCAUAGGGUGAAGGUGAAAUACCAUGUAAUAGACCCAGCUGUAGAGGCAGCUCAGGCCAGACUGGAGGCCAUGAGAACUGGACGUUACCUGACCGCCAAGACCAAAAGUAAGAAGACAGCAAAACCAUCCACUACUGUAACAGAUAGGCUGCCCACAACAGAUAUUGUUUCCACGGCAAAAACAGUUAACUUGCUGUCCACUGCUGGCAUGUCCAUGACUCAGCAAGCUGUUAGGAAGGAGACAGUGGGUCCCCUGCCACCCCCUCUGAUAGAGUCCAUGGAUGUGUCUCCAGGGGUGGUGGUCAGGGAAGGGCACAGGGUCAAGAAAGGACCAAGACAGCAACCUCGCCAGGCAGAUGUUAUUACUGAGCAGCAGCUCCGUCCAGUUAACCUCCACAAGCAAGUGCCAGUUAUGACUGUGACAGAACUACUGGAGGGACAGUCCCCAAUUCUAAGGCCGCUUGGGAGCUCACCCCCAAUACCACCAAUUACACCCAAUGGGUCACAUAGACAAAGGGUUAUGAUGGAGUCUUAAUGUUGGGAAAUGGGCCCUAAAUGACAGUUAUACACCCGGAUAUGUUACUGCCAUAUUCAGGGGGUCUUAAAUGGCAUUUAUACCACCUGAAUAUGGAUUUGAACAUUCACAUUUAUACACAAUAGAAUAUUGUGUUAAUAUUGAAUGAUUUUGUCUCAAAUGCCUGGGUAUUAAAUAACAUUUGAUACCACUAAAGUGAUGCUUCAGUCCCGAACACUUUGAUUUAAAUCUCCAAGUUUUUAAAUGACAUUCUACACCAUUAAAUAUGGUGGUUAUGAAUAUUUGGAACAUAAGUGGCAUUUAAGUCCUUUAAGAUUGGAGUCCUUAUCAAUACAAAUGGUUAUAAAAUGCCAUUUAAUCAUACCAGUUUCAACAUUUAAUUUCACAAGUAUGAGGAGUCAAGGGUUCUUAAUCUGAGGAUGCAGAUUUAAUGUCAUUUCUUUAAAAAUAGAAAAUGAUUUAAUGGAAAUUAUAAAAUGUGAAACUGUAUGCCUUUUGUGUAUUGUAAAUAAUAAUUGUUUUGGUAUUUAUAUCUAGCAUUGCUGAGUUUUUUUGUUCUUUUGUUUGUCAUUGCCCCCCUCCUAUAUGUGAUGCUUCAAUGGAUAGCAAUUUUCGUAUAGAGCUUUUAAGAUGAAUUGUAUUUCAAGUCCUGCUUAAGUUUACUAAUAUUUAAAGAUGCCCAGACAUUAAACAACCAUGUCAAAGUUGCACCUUAGGUAGUAUAAUUCGUUGAAA